AUGGCCAUGAUUCAUGAAAAUAAGAAGUCAUCAGCGGAGGCUUUUCCCUCUCAUUCCAUACCUUCUUCCUCGUCCGAGCUGCCGUUGAAGCCUCAUCAUGAGCAUGACCACCCGCAUGAGGAAUGUACCAACAAGGAUUGUAAAUUGGAGCAUCAUCAUCACGCUACUUCAAAAGUACAAAGUACAAAACAACAUCGGAAGAAGCAUACAGGAUGUCCACUUUGUUCCAUCAUGAUUAUGAAUCCAUUUCCAGAAUCGGGCAAUGUUGAUGAUUAUGAACCAACGAAAUUUGAAGAAGCCGUCAAUGUGCUGACUCAUGCAUUACCCAUCUUGUUUUUUGCUUACUUUUCUUACAAGAUGUAUGAACAAGAUAUCAUUAAUUCUGGACAAGAAUUGUUUGUUGCAAUUGUGUAUUGCGUGGGAAUGGUGAUAUUAUUUGCAGUGUCAUCCAUGUAUCAUGUUGUUUGUUUAAUGUAUGGAAAGAAUGAUCCUAGAGUGGAUGUUUUUCGAGCAAUGGACUAUUCCAUGAUUUAUAUUUUCAUUGGAGCUUCCUAUACACCAUGGCUUGCUUUGGUGGAAUUCGGAGAAGGAGGCUGGAUUGGAAACGUUAUGGCUAUUGCAGUAUGGACCAUAGCAGCUUGUGGAUUGAUCAAAUCUUUCAACAAAAAGUUUCUUGCAAGCAUUGACGGUAUUGUUUUACUGAACUUGAUGGGAUGGAUUGCAUUCUUUAUCGUUCCACCUGCACUAUUCACACAUGUACCCAUCGAGGCCUUUGUAUUUUUAUUUAUUGGUGGAAUCUUUUAUUCUGGUGGUUGUUUCUUGCUGAAAUAUGGAGAUGGAAGAAUUCCAUGCGCUCAUGGUAUUUGGCAUUGUCUUGUGAAUAUGGGUGUCAUGUGUCAUUUCCUCGUCAUGUAUGAAUACUUGAUGAAUCUCGAUUCUCACUUCUUACCGGGAGUUGAAAACCCCUUAAUGGUUUAUCAACAAGUUGCUGCUGUAUUCCAAAACACCAGAAAGUGGCACCUUCCAAAACUCAAUGUCUUGUUUGGUUUUUAA